AUGGCGGUGCGGGCGCAUGGGCGCGCGGGGCGACGGGGGUGGCGACCGCGGUGCGCCUGGGUGCUCGCCUUGGGGCUGCUGGCCUGCGCGUGGGAGCUGCUGGCCCCGCCGCUGCCCUGGGGCGCCCGGUCGCCGCCGCCGCCGCCCGUGAAGGUGCUGCUGUGGUGGGAGCCCUUCCAGAACCGCUCCGUGUCGCGGCCGCCGCCGGACUGCGAGGCGCGCUUCUCCAUCCGCGGCUGCCACCUGCUCGCGGACCGCGCCCGCCUGCCGGAGGCCGACGCGGUGCUGCUGCACCACCGGGACCUGGUGCGCGCGCCCCCGGAGCAGUGCCCGCCGGCCGGGCCCGCGCGCCCCCGGGGCCAGCUGUGGGUCUGGAUGAACCUGGAGUCGCCGACGCACACGCCGCUCCUGGGCCGCCUGGCGCGCUUCGGCCUCAACUGGACGCUGACCUACCGCGCCGACUCGGACGUGUUCGUGCCCUACGGCCGCCUGCGCCCGCGCGUCCACGCCUGGGACCCGCCCGUGGGCCCCGCGCCGCCGCCGGGCAGCAAGCGCGCGCUGGUGGCCUGGGUGGUGAGCCACUGGGACGAGCGGCACGCGCGGGUGCGCUACUACCGGCAGCUGCGGCGCCACCUGGCCGUGGACGUGUUCGGGCUGGCGGGGGGCCACGGCCGGCCGCUGCCCGCCUGGGCGCUGCCGGCCACGCUGGCGCGCUACGAGUUCUACCUGGCCUUCGAGAACUCGCAGCACCGCGACUACAUCACCGAGAAGCUGUGGCGCAACGCGCUGCUGGCCGGCGCCGUGCCCGUGGUGCUCGGCCCCCCGCGCGCCAACUACGAGCGCUUCGUGCCGCGCCGCGCCUUCCUGCACGUCGACGACUUCCCCAGCGCCGCCCGGCUGGCCGCCCACCUGCGCCUCCUGCACCGCCGCCCCGCCGCCUACCGCCGCCACUUCCUCUGGCGCCGCAGCUUCGCCGUGCGCACCAUCACCCUCAGGGACGGGGCCUGGUGCCUGGCGUGCCAGGCGGUGCAGCGCGCGCGGGCCGUGCCCGGCCACCGGCGCCCGGACAGGGACAUUGCGCGCUGGUUCCGCAGCUGA